AUGCUCCGACAAUUUUCGCGCGUUUUUUCGCCGCGAAUUCGCACGGUUUUUACGGUCAGCGAAAAGGAGUAUGAUCGAAAAGCAGAUGAAUCUUUGGAUAGGUGGGUUUUAGAGGCAAAAUUCGGAUUUUUUCAUGAAAUUUGAAGCAUUUUGAACCCAAACAUGAUGCAAACUUGAAAAUUUCAGUAAUUUCCUAUGAAUUUCCCUACGAAUACCUGAAUUUCCAGGCUUUCCGAAUAUUUCGAUCAUAUUUCGGACAAUUUCAAAGUUUCGGAAAACUUUGACGUCGCCUAUUCAUAUGGUGUUUUGACUGUGGCGGUUUCCAAAGAAAUCGGCACCUAUGUCAUCAAUAAGCAAUCGCCGAAUAAGCAAAUUUGGCUCUCCAGCCCGAUUUCCGGUCCGAAACGCUAUGAUUUAACGGAGAACUUGAGGUAA